GGGAUGUAUCUUGAUGUUUAGAUACAGUAACUGCUGAAAAUGUCUAGUAAUCACACAGAUGACACAUCUGAGAGCAGUUCUAUUUCGUUAGAACCCACAACGGAAGUAACGUAUCUUGUUGAUACACCAUCUCCCUGCAGCGAGGAUUUUGAUACAGACCUUGAAAAUUCAGAUGAUAUUGAUAAAGAAAGACAAGAACUUAAAAGCCGAGAAAAUGUGGAUAUAGGUCACCAUACCUACAUGGAAGUCUGUCAGGAACUAAAUACAGUUCCGAUACGACUUGUUCAACAACAGCUCAAGGAGAGCGAAAUAUGCCUACAACACAUUGGCCUAAACACCAAUGACGUCAUUGCUCUGAUGUAUGCUUUACUGCACAACAGCAGGGUAGAGAACCUCGAUUUAACAGACAAUGGAAUGUCUGAAGAAGCCCAGUUACACGUCAUCGAGGUCCUACGUCAUAACAAUGCAAUUUCAAGUCUUAAUUUAUCCGAAAACAGAACGACACCAAUCUGUUGUGCCUCCCUUGCUAAUGUAAUAGAGGAAACUACAUGGCUGACACACUUGAAUUUAUCAGGUACUGGAAUUGGCGAUGAUGGUGCAAAACAUAUUGCAACAGGCAUGAGAGGCAACGUAAGCAUCGUUUGGUUAAAUCUGAGUCACAAUGACAUCGAAGAAGCAGGAGCUACUCGAAUUGGAAAAGCCCUAACAAUUAACGACACUCUACAUGUGCUAGACCUGAGUUGGAACCAUAUUAGGAUGAUAGGGGCGGUGUCUCUUUGUAAAGGCUUACAGGAAAAUACGUCCAUUACCAACCUCAACGUUUCUUGGAACGGUUUGGGGUUUGAAGGUAGUAUAGCUCUUGAGGAUGCUCUGAAGGAGAACACAGCUUUAAAAGUCCUUGACCUCACCAACAACAGAAUCACGUGGGAGGGAGUGAAACAUAUUAUUAGAGGACUAAAGGCUAAUGAAACACUACAGGUGUUAAAGAUUGGGACUAACCCUAUCACUAUGGAUGGUUGUCGGAGAAUCCUUGAGGCUGUUGAUAAGCCUGAAAGUUGUAUCAUACAUGUUAAUUUUGAGGGAAUACCAAUCAAUAGUAGCAUUGAGGAGCUGGCGGAAAGCAUUGCAAAAAAGCGUUCCUUUACUUAUGCGCAUGGUGGUGUCACAGACUCGCACUUUAUGAUGGGAAUAAAAAGAGUGAAGAGAGAAGACCCGUUUACCUUGCUGAUUAGAUACAUCAAUAUGAUGGGGAUACGGAUAAUGGAUUUGUUCCGGAUGCUUGACACUAAAAAUGGAGCCACCGUGUCCAAGGCCAACUUCAUCCGAGGACUAAAGAAAAUUGGAGCACCAAUCAGCGAGAAUGACAUGAGAACUGUCGCCCAAAGGCUGGAAAGAAAAGGACAAGGGUCAAUUAGUUACAGUGUUCUUGCUAAUGGAGUUCGAAACCAUAUACGAGAAGAAAGGAAGGAAGACAAGCGACAGGAGAUGAUAGAAAAACAAAAACGAGAAAAAAGGAAAAACAUUCUUCAUCAGGGAUCUCAGCGCAUGAUUCCAGAGGAAUUACAAGAACUUAGACUUCUCUCCGCCAUGGGCAACACCAAGACUUUUUCUCAGGUUUUUAGUUCCGCAUCAUCAGUGUCCAGCCGUCAUGGAUCCAUUGCUGGGAGGGAAUCCCUCAUAUUACCGCCUCUCCAAGAAACUUCGAUAAAUGUCACAGAAACAGUUCAGUCUGCGCGGACAUUCUCUUUUCCGCUAACUUCUGGUGUCAAAGAAAAAAGUACAAGUGCACAACCGAGACAGAAAAUCGGAGGUAGUUUAUCGCUAUAAUGGCUUUGAUGAUUAAAAGUAUUACAAACCUCUUCAAUACUAUUGAUCUCCGAGUCAUUUUUCACUUAGUCUACAUGUAC